AUGGAGGAAAAAUCUCUAAUAGAUAGCCCAAGCAUUGAUGAUAAUUGCGCAUUAUCCGGUUAUUCAUCAGAUAAGAGCAAUUCUUUGAGAGAACAGCAUAGCUCUACAGCCAACGUAAAUGAAAAUAAUAAUUUUUCCGAAAUCAAUUUAGCCAACGAAAGAUCAUUGCUUUUAGAAUGAAAUGAUAUUAAAUACACAAUAAAAUUUCAUGACAAACAACAAGAAAUUUUAAAAGGAGUCUCAGGCUUCGUGAAUCCUAAAGAAGUUUCUGUUAUGAUGGGAGCCUCAGGUGCAGGCAAAACAACACUGUUAAAUAUCCUUUCAGGAAGGUUUAAGCGCCCAAAAUAUGGGAAAAUUUCUGGAAUGGUAUCAGUAAAUGGGAUUAUACAUUAAAACGGCAUGCCGAGCCCACCCUCUCAGCACCUGAAGCUGGAGUGACUAAAGGAACUGUUAAAAGUGGGGAUAGCGUUCGGUAAUAUGCAUCCGGCAAGGUUUGACUUUUUUGUCAGGUCUAGUUUUAACCUUAGGGAAGGAGCUUGCUUGGAGUUGGGAAAGGGAAAGCUCAGCUGGGUCCUCUGGACAAAUUUGGCAAUUUCUAUUGCAAUACUGAGAGUUGUGCAAGCUCCAUCUUGGUCAGCAACUCUGCUAGAAAAUUUUCAUUCUGGAAGGGUUAAACCAAGUCUCGAGUACGGCAUGGCGACCACAACUAUUUGAAUUUUAAUUUAUAUUUAUGAAGGAUUAAAGAAAAAAUUAUCGAUUCAGCAUUAAAACUGUUUAAAUAAUAUUCUACUUGAACUUUGCAUAUAAAUUAGGUCAAAAAAAUUUAUAAAAAUUAUUACUUUGAUUGCUAAAUUUUCCUAUAGAAAAAAAAUUUGCUUGAAUUUAAGGAGUAAUAAAAUCAGUAAAUGGGAAAAGAUAUAAAAUCUAUCAAUUAUGGAUACCACUCAGCCUAUGUAACACAAGAUGAUAUUUUAUUGCCAAGUCUUACAGUAAAAGAAAGUCUUUUAUUCUCGAGCAUGCUAAGAUGCCCAGGGACGAAAAAAGACCAUAAAGAAAGGGUAAAUAAAAUUCUUUCUGAUUUAAUGCUUGAAAAAAUAUCUGAAAAUGUCAUCGGAUCAGUGACUAAAAAAGGAAUUUCAGGAGGUGAAAGGAGAAGAGUUUGCAUAGGUAUAGAAUUAAUCACAGACCCAAAUAUUUUGAUUUUAGAUGAGCCAACAUCUGGCCUUGAUUCUUGGACUGCUGAAAAUGUUUUUGAGCUACUUUUAAGGCAAGCUGAAAAAGGGAAAACUGUUUUUUGCACACUUCAUCAGCCAAGCACAGCGAUUUUUAGGAAAGUUCAUAAAUUAAUUCUGUUAAGCGAAGGGUAUACUGUGUAUCAAGGUCUUGCCAAAAAUUCAAGAAAAUAUUUCGCUGAUUUAGGAUUUUGUUGUCCAAGUCUUGUGAAUCCAAGCGAUUAUUUUAUGAGACUUUUGCAUAUAAAAAAUAGAUUUGACUGGACAGAAAAGGAAAAAGCAAAGCAUGAUAGAAUAUUGCAAAAAUAUGAUGAGGUAAAAGGAAACAUUGGCCCAGAUGAAAAAUAUAAAGAAAGUACUAUAAAUUUAAUGGAAGGAGAGUUUAAAAUUGGAUUUUAUAGCAAAUUUAUGACUCUUUUAAAAAGGUCAGCAAUCAAUGCUAUAAGAUUAAGAUUAUAUUAUGAUUUGCAUGGCCCAUAGGCUUCCCACUCGUCUGACUACCUUGACUCCAGGAAAAGUGGUCUACGCUGGGUGCAUAUACAUCUGAGUCCAAAUGCUGCAAGGCCCAACCAAAAUUCUACUAUCUUGAAUUUUCUGGUGAAGCUCUCCUAGCCUAAGGAGGUUAGAGCCAUUCUCUGUAGGGUGGCCGAUAGUCCCGCUAUACGAAGACUAUGUGAAGGCAAGCCCAUCUGGCAGGGACAGGAAACCUUUGGGGAAGUCUGAAGGCCGACUUCAAAAGGGGCAGAGGUCCUAUUUUCAGAUUCAUCAUGAUAGGUCCUACCUGCUCCAUAGGAGUAUGUCUUGGAGACCAAUUUCCCUCAAUGUCAACAUUUUAUUUCUUCUUUAAUACUAUAAGGAAUCCUUUAUUUACCAGAAUUAAAUUUAUUCAGGCUAUUGGAAUGGCUGUAAUUUUAGACUUGAUUUUUAAUAAUUUAGGGCAUGACGCUCGCUCUAUCCAGAACCGUAAUGGAGUUUUAUUUGAACUCUCCUUACUCUCCAUUACUUUUGGAAGUCAAAAUUCUUCAUUAGCAUUUCCUAGUGAGAGGCCUAUUUUUCUAAAAGAAACCCAGCAAAGAGUUUAUUGGUCAGGACCAUAUUACUUACUCCUCUGGACUAGAAAGUAGUUAUUUUUUGCUCAUUAAGAGGAGGUUAAUUUUAAAUUAAAAUUCUAUGUAAAAUUUUAUUACCUCGAUUUUAAAUUGCAAAUUUGUAAAUAUAAGGAAAUUUUAAUUUAAUUUAUAAAUUAUGUUUUAGCAUCUCUAAACUGUCUAUAUUAAAUUUUUUGUUGAAAAUUUCAAAUGGUCAUCAUUAUUUAUAUAUCAAGCUCCUAUUUAAAAACUAUUUUUUCUCGCGAAAGGGGAGUUAGCAAAAACUAUUUCAGAAAUGCCAAGUGUAAUAAUCCCAAUAACGAUUCAAUGCUUAAUGGUAUAUUGAGCUAUAGGAUUAAACAAUUACAAUGCAUCAAAAUUCUUCAUUUUUUGGAUUGGUAUGGUUUUAUUUCAUAUGGUUGGGACUGGCUUUGGGUAUUUUGUAGGGACCAUAUUUUCAACUGAAAGUGGGGCUAUGGCUGGAGGACCUUUGAUAGUAAUCCCAUUGGUACUUUUUGGAGGAUUGUUUGGAAAUCUGGACUCUAUGGUAGAUGCUUUUAAGUUUAAUUUAAGUUUGAUAGAAUUACUCUAGCACACUUGUGCCUCUUAGUCUUCUUUUACUUGGAGUCCAGCUAUAUUAGCAGCUCUGAGCAGCAGUAGAUGGACCGGGCUAACUGUUGAACCGUUAAAGUUAAUAAACCCUUUCAGACUUAUACUAAAUUCCUGGGGAUAGCGCGGAAUACGCUAUCCCCAGGACCAACCGGGAUCGGAUCCACACAUGGAACGGGGGUUUCCAUGUGUGGAUCCAUUUUUGACAUGUGAGAUAUUUACUUUCACGUGUCAAAAAUGGAUCCACACAUGGAACCCUCGUUCCAUGUGGGAUCCGAUCCCGGUUGGUCCUGGGGAUAGCGUAUUCCGCGCUAUCCCCAGGAAUUUUCUAUAUCUAGCCAGUGCCAGCCUUAGCAACAACCUCCUUUCUUCAAGCUGAGACUCUCAAGAAUCUUUACUUCUCUCGCUAAGCUCGGAUUAUAGGUCCAUACAGUUUUAACAGGUGCUAGGACCUAUAGAGGUUUCCUCUAUAUAACGCUGAAAGCGCAGACAUUUUCCCAUGAGCUUUCCUAGUUCGUCGGACCAAAAUCGCUUUUUGGUCCGACCAAGGCAUUGAUUUGGUGCAACCAACCGAUAAAUUCCGAUCAGAAUUUAUCGGCCUUACAGCGCCAAACAUAGGAAACUUCUAUAUCCCUAACUGAAAUUUUUUAUAUUAUAGAUGCUUUUAAAUGAAUUGCUUAUAUAUCACCGUUCAAGUAUGGGUUUGAACUCCUUGCAAUUAACGAGUAUACAGACUUAAGUUUAAGUCUAACGAAUUACUCUAGGCAAAGGCUCCGGUCUUCUUUACUUGAGGUUCAGCUACAUUAACAGCUCUGAAUAACGGUAGUUGAACCGGCCUAACCGUCAAACCGUUAAAGUUAAUAAGCCCGUUAAGACUUCUCUAGCCAGUGCCAGUCUCAGCGCCGACCUCUUCUCUUCAAGCCGAGACUCUCAAGAAGCAUGACUUCUCUCACUAAGCUCGGAGGUAGGACCCAGACUUGCGGAGCAGGGGUUAGGACCUAUUCCUAACUGAAAUUUUUAAUAUUUGUAUACAGACUUAAAACUUGACUGCCAAAACUGUGAAGGAGUGCCAAACUGUGUCCCUUGCGAUCCUCUUGACACUUUGGGGUUCACAGAUACAUUAUGAGAAGCUUUUCUUGGGCUAAUUUUGAUAGGCAUUGUAGUAAGAGUGUUAGCAUUUUUUCUACUGUUGAGGAUAGAGCUCAGGGCAAGAAUUUAA